CGCAGGUACCUGAUGUUGUGUAGAGUCGCAGUCGUUUUACUCAAUUAACACGGUGGCUCUGAUACGGUCUGCGCCGACUUGUGCUGUCCGAUCCAACCCCGCCUGCCCCUAUUUCGGAAAAAAAAGGAGGGGAGGGACCAGCAAACGGCGAGGGGCAAUUUGUGAUGUCAUCUAUUAUGGUAUAUAUCUACCUGUAGGCAGGUAUACCUAACUCUCAUCCACGGAUACCUGCUAGGUACCUUCUUGGCUACCUUCUACGCAGACGAGGGCUACCUGAUCGGAGCAGGCAGGCCUGCGGAACGGUACUUGGGGGAGGAGGUAGACCCGGCGUACCGAACCCCGUUUCCGUCAAUCGGACGGAAACCCCUCCCCGUCCCUAGCAGGUGCACUAAACUACUUACCUAUUACCACGUUGGAUUCAUCAACCUUGACACUUACCCUGGGCUGGCCAAGGAUUGCCAACACGGUACUCGGGAAUCGCUAACCACCUUACUUGCUACCUAACGGUCCCCUCCGUGAUCCUACAUGAUGGCCGCCUCAUCCGACCAAUCCCAAUAUCGGUUUGCGAACCUACGUGCUCAGGCUGAAGUCCUGGAUGGGGAAGACGGCCUCCGCCAUCUGAGAGAUGAAUUUCUCAUCCCCACCAAGGAGGAUAUCAAACGGGUAACGUUGGAGAAACAGCAAGAUGGUAAUACUGCCGCCCCAGCCGAUGAGGCAACCGCAUGUACAUACCUAUGCGGGAAUUCCCUGGGACUGCAGCCCAAACGAACUGCGACUCGCAUCAGCCAGUACCUCCAAACCUGGGCCACCCAAGGUGUUCAGGGGCACUUCAAACCCCUUACCGACUCGCCUCUACCGACCUGGCUAGAUGCAGAUGCCCGGGCGGCCAAAUUGAUGGCUCCCAUCGUCGGUGCCGACGAAUCAGACGUUGCCGUCAUGCAGACCUUGACGGCAAAUCUUCACCUAUUGAUGUCUACCUUCUACCGUCCCGACCCCAAGGGUAGGCACAAGAUCAUCCUGGAGACCAAGGCAUUUCCAAGCGAUCACUUUGUCGUAGAGAGCCAGAUCCGGCACCACGGUCUCUCUCCGGAAACCUCCAUGGUGACGGUGAAGUCACCCUACUCGGAGGGUACCGGUAUGGUCUCCACUUACGACAUCCAGUCGAUCAUCUCAAAGCACGCCUCCGACACGGCUCUCAUACUGCUUCCCGGCAUCCAGUACUACACCGGUCAGUUGUUUGACAUCCCGACCAUCACCGCGUUCGCCCACAAGCACGAUAUCCUCGUCAUCUGGGAUCUGGCCCAUGCGGUGGGAAACGUGCCUCUCUCCCUGCGUGACUGGGAUGUAGAUGCGGCAGCCUGGUGCACUUACAAGUAUCUCAACGGCGGGCCAGGUUGUAUCGGGGGCUUAUUCAUCAAUUCGCGGGACAGCUCCGUGACCACAGCCGUCACCGACGAGGAACCCGAGAGGGGGUACCGCAAACGACUGUCGGGAUGGUGGGGGAAUGACAAGGCAACCCGCUUUCGCAUGGAGACCAGAUUUCACCCGGUAAAGGGGGCAGCCGGGUUCCAGCUCAGCAACCCCAGCAUCCUCGACAUUACGAGCUUGAGCGCGUCGCUAGAGGUCUUCGAGCUCGCCGGUGGUGUCUCGGCGUUGCGGGAGAAGUCCAAGAAGCUCACCGCGUUCCUCGAGCAGUGCAUCUCGGUGCUACCCGAGGACGUAAAGAAGCUGUUUAGGGUCAUCACGCCGCUCGACCCCGACCAGCGCGGCGCCCAACUGAGCCUGUUACUGGGGGACAACUUGCUAGAUGCCGUAACGAAAGAGUUGGAGAGGCAUGGUGUUAUCGUCGACGAGAGGAGGCCGGACGUGAUCCGCGUAGCCCCGGCGCCCCUAUAUAACUCUUUCUACGACUGCGUUAACUUCACCGAGGCUUUCGAAUCAGCUCUGCGUAUAGCUAGCAAGCCAGCAUAACCCCAUACCAUCCCUUCUCCGAGUCGUCUGGGGGUACUAUCGUGUAGCUAGCCAUCAAGGGCAAAAAGGAUUCUAACUGGCGGCUAUCUGCAGAAGGCAGGGGGAGAUUGAAGGUACGAACAAAGUAAAUAAGACAGGAUAUAUAUGUGGCGAUUCGGCUCAUGUAUACGCUUUUCGCUUAGGCAAUUAUCUGCUCAGGUAAAUAGUUUACACGGACCCUCUGGGAA